AAAAGUAUAAGGAAGGCAUUGAAUGCUAUAUAGGCCUAUAUCACUUGAAGGAGAUCUCAGGAGUAAUGACAACGAAAAAACAGGUCACUCAGUUUUCUUCUUUUUAAACUCGAGUUUUUGUUAAAACUUACAAGGGUACAUACUUUUAACAGUGUCUGGCUUUCUGUCUUCCUGCCUGAGAGAAAAUGGUUAUGGAGGUCGAAGUAGUUUCCGAAGAAUUUAUCAAGCCCGCUUCUCCGACACCCCAUCAUCUUAGAACUCACAGGAUUUCCUUCUUGGAUCAGUUCAUUCCUCUAAUUUAUGUUCCUAUGGUCUUCUUUUAUAUGAACCAAGAAACGAGCAUUCCCUUAACUGAUAUUAUUGCCUUCAACUCCAAAAGGUCACAACUGCUAAAGCAGUCUCUGUCAGAAACCUUAACUCUCUUCUAUCCGUUCGCUGGAAGGAUCAAAGACUGUCUUUCCAUUGAUUGUAACGAUGAGGGAGCUUACUAUGUUGAGGCUCGAGUUGAUUGGUCUCUUAAUGAAUUUCUCAGGCACCCUGAUUCGUCUUUUAUCCCUGAACUCCUUCCAGCUGAGGCUAGUUGGACUGCAACGAGCGCAGGAGGUUAUGUAGCCAUGAUACAAGUUACCAACUUUGCCUGCGGUGGCAUUGUUAUUGGCACAUUUCUCUCGCACAUGAUCGCCGAUGGACCUGCGGCUACAACCUUUCUCAGAUGUUGGGCUGCAGUGACUCGCAAGUCUGGUGAAGAAGCUGCAUAUCCCAAUUUCGAUGCCUCUUUUGUCUUUCCACAGAGCGAGGCAUACCCCAAGGAGGCAACCAUUCUAGCUCUGUUUACCCCAUUUCUCAAAACAGGAAUAUGUUGGUCGAGGAGAAUUGUUUUUGACGCCUCGGCAAUAGCUUCUCUGAAGGCCAAAACAGCUAGUUCAAGUGUACCAGAUCCAACACGAGUCGAGGCCGUGUCAGCCCUCCUCUGCAAGUGUCUCAUGGCUACUUUCAAAGCAAAAUCCGAUUUCCAGAAGCCAACUGUUAUAAACCAUGCUGUGAACCUUCGUCGAAGGGCAGUGCCGCCAGUCCCAAAGAAUUCGAUGGGAAAUUUCCUGUGCAUGGCGACUGCACUGGUGAUGGGUGAAGAAACAGAGUUGGAUGACUUGGUUUGCCAUCUAAGGAAAGAGAUAAGAAAAGCUGAUGGUGAUUUCGUUAAGAGCCUACAAGGAGAGGGAGGAUUGCUUAAAUUUUGCGAGCACAUAGAGGAGAUGAUGGGUAAGGCAUCGUAUGGUGCAGCUGGUGAGACUGAUUUUAUUGGGUUUACUAGUUGGUGCAACUUUGGUCUUUAUGAGAUAGAUUUUGGCUGGGGAAAGCCUGCGUGGGUUACUUGCACUGCUUCCAACAAAUCAGAGACUGUGUUCUCGAAUACGGUUGUUUUCAUGGAUACAAGAUUAGGAGAUGGGAUUGAAGCGUGGGUGUUCUUGGAUGAGCAGGACAUGGCCAAGCUAGAGCAGAACGAGGAGCUCCUUGCAUUUGGCUCCUUGGAGGCAAGUCCAUCCGACGUGGGUUACUCUGCUUGAAAUGAUGUACUAAAUAACCACCC